GGCGGGCUCCUGCGGGUCGCCCCAGGGGGAGCGAUGGGGCCGCCCUGCGGGCCGAGGAGACCGCGCGCGAUUGCGUCAGGCCUUCCUCGGCGGGCGGCCGCCGCGCCGCUGCGGCGUCGGGGCCGCGGCCGUCGGCUGCAGCGGCGGCGCGCGCGGCGUCGUCAAGCAGUGGCGACGCGUCCAGCGUCUGGCGGGCUGCCGCCAGAUGGGCGCUCCAGGCUCGCCGCAGCAGCACGUGUCUCUGGCGGAUCUGUGCGAGGAGGUGCACGCCAGGCUGGCCCACACGCGGGUGUGCACGGCGGCGAUCUUCGUUUGCGGCGCCGGCAGGUGGCUCAACGGCGGCAGCGCUGUCCGCGCCGCCAACGACGUCCUCGUGAGCGCCUGCGGCUCGUGCCUGUUCCGCGAGGACGUCCUGGCGCUCUUCCCGGCGGCCUGCGGCGACCACCAGGCGAGCCCCGCCGCCGACGGCGCCGGCGGCGCCGCGUACCUGGUGCCCUUUGUGGUCCUGGCCGGGAUCAACUGCUUCUUCGACGGAGCCAACCUCCUGCUGGACUGCCGGGCGUGCCCGUCGUCUGCCGCGGCGGCGUUCUCCGCCUUCUGCAGCAACUGCCUCCUCACCCUCGCGGCGGCCGUGCUCCAGGGACUGGGGUGCUUCCUCUCCUGGAGGACGUACCGGCUGCUCCUGGCGCUCUCCGCCACCGGCUACGGCGACAUCGAAUCCAUGGAGCUGGCCGUGGCGCGAGCGGGGCAGGAGGCGUGCCCAGAUGACCGCCGCGCAUCGGCCGCACCCGCCGCCGCAGGCGGCCCGGGCGCUGGCGGCGCCCGCGCCGAGGCGUGCCCACGGCCAGAUUUCGCGACGCUGGGCGGGUGA